AUGCAUUUCGCCAGCAUCACCACUCUCGUCACCCUCCUCGCCUCUACCGGCCUCGCUGCUCCAGCUAUCGAGACCCGCAGAGAACACACUGCUAGAAUCCAACUAGCCAAUGAUAACUCCGGCGCCAACGCCAAUGUUGUUAUUCCCGUCGAUGGAGUAAAGCGCUCUGUCCAGGAACUCUGGGGCAACACUGCUGUCGCAAAGAACGGCCUCGUUUUUGCAUCUAGCGCCCAGCUCACUGCUUUUGAGCAAACCACUGUCUGCACCAUUACCGAGGACCCAAAGAUCGACGUCACCCUCACUGCUGAGAAGACCUGGGUCUCAUUUGGAGGUGUUACUGACCUGUGCGCCGCAUGGGUUGUCUGCGAAUGUGAGGGUAUGUAA